AAAAACCUUGCUGAGAUCCUAAAUCCUAAGAUCAUCGAAAAUAUUAUUGUGGAAGGGAAGAACCUGAAAACCUACUGGGGUAUAGGCACUAUGGGUCGACCCCACUGUGGCUACUUCAUCUUGGCUGUCAAGAUGGCCCAACUGCUGGCUGCUGGUUGUGAACUAGAAGUGCUUCUGGCUGAUAUCCAUGCUUUGACAGUCUCAAAGUGCCAAUUGAGCUGGCUGGAUGCUGGGUUGAGUUUUAUUGACAUCAUAACUGCCAUGCUUCAGGCAGUAGGGUUCCGACUGAAAAGUUCAUGUUUGUGCUGGAAAGCUUGUGCUAGAAGAUCCCUGAGUACAUAA